UCCCGGGGAGGGGAGAGCGCGCCGAGGCGGGGUGGCCAAAGAGGGAGGAGUGGCCGGGCCGCCCCGAGUGCGGGGGCCGUGGAAUGCGAGACGAGGACAAGGGCAUGCUCGGUGGUGCGGGCAGCGAUGCGGGCCUGGCCAGCGCCGCGGCGCGGGGCCAAGUGGAGAAGGUGCGGCAGCUCCUGGAAGCCGGCGCGGAUCCCAACGGAGUCAACCGCUUCGGGAGGCGCCCGAUCCAGGUCAUGAUGAUGGGCAGCGCCCGCGUGGCCGAGCUGCUGCUGCUCCACGGCGCCGAGCCCAACUGCGCCGACCCCGCCACCCUCAGCCGACGGUGCACGACGCCGCCCGGGAGGGCUUCUUGGACACGCUGGUGGCGCUGCACCGGGCCGGGGCGCGGCUGGACGUGCGCGACGCCGGGGGCCGCCUGCCCGUGGACCUGGCUGAGGAGCGGGGCCACCGCGACGUCGCUCGGUACCUGCGCGCCGCCGCGGGGGACUGAGGGCGGCGCCGGCCCGCCGCCCACGACCAAGGGUUCUCCCUCGCCAGUCCCCCAUCCCUUCCCACUUUCAAAGAGGGCUGCAAACGUGGAGCGGCACACAGCCCGCGAGCUUUCCGGGCGGCUCGAGCCCCAGGAGGAGGAGGAGCCGCCCCGGCAGGAGAUCAAACUCCUUUGUGAACUCUGGAUCCGACCCUCGGCACUCACCUGGAAGCCAGACGCGGACAGCGGGCGCAGAGGGACAUCCUGCCCGAUUAAGGAGCUGGUGACGCUGCAGGGGUCGUCUGCGUUGCGGGGCUCUCUGCCGGAGAGUGCGCGUGACUUCCUGGAGCGACCCCAGGAGCCUGGCGUUCUUCACACAGCUGAUCCUGGGGGCGGAGAGGGAGGGGGCAGCAUUUGGCGAUCCGGAGGCGGGCGGGCGUCCCGCAGGCCCCCACUGACCUCAGUGGAGCUCCUGCUGUGGGUGUCCGGGCCUGGAGGCUGAAGAAUGCGGGCCACACAGGGGUCGAGGUUGGCUUCACGAAGUGCCCAGCCUACCUUGGGCGAUGCGGUGCAAGGCGCGUCACCAGCAGAGCGAAAUUCUCCCCAAGUCCAGAUAAAGGACGGGAGCGACGGCAGACUAGCCCCCCCAAAUUCUGAAAUCCCUGGCUCGGCUCGCCACGACGCAGAGGAGCGAGUUUUUGAAAAGGUGCUGGCUCCUGCGCUUCGCCCGUGGAGGGCGGGACUCUCACGGCGUUCGGAGGCAGAGCGGCCCGCGGGCCGACCGCGGUGAGCGUUAACUGCAGCGGGUGCUGUGACGACUUGCUGCUUCUGCGUUUCUCAGCCUACAGAGACUUCCCUGUGAAUCGCCUCUUGGAAAGGUUCCGUGAUGUUUCCCACUUUUGCAUUGUUCUUCUGUAACUGCCUCAUUUAAUGUGGAUACUUUAAAUAACAUGUCGGCAGAGCUGAGGAAGAACUCCAACUCUUAAAUGAAGUUAUGGCAGCAUGUCAAACUCCCGGUGCUACUGCUUAGAUUGCUUUCAUUCUUAACCUAUUUAUUUCCUUGUGAAAAUGUUGAUCGUUUCCUUUAUGAAGAGUGUCUCAGGGGGUCAAACUAUGAACUAUUCCAAAGGUCUUUGAGAGAUAGAUGUCCUUGUCCAGGAAAUUAUCUUGGAAUAUUUCCCAAAAGGUUGCUGAAAAAGUAGAUGGAGUCUAAAACUGCUGAAAUGUUCUGUUGGUAGCUCCUGGGAUUUCUUAAUAUCUGCUGAACAAACUAAUGGUGCACUCCCUUGAGAUUUCAUUGCCAUUGUUGCUUGACUCACUAUAGCAUUGGAACAAUGGUUAAUUCACUGUUUUAAUAAAGAAUAAACAACAGAGAUUGAACUCAAAGAUGUGAGUGA